AUGACAACUAGUACAUUAGCAAUAUAUUUUGUAUUUCUUAAUUUUAUUUUUAGUUUGUCAAGAAUAUACACUCUUUCUAGUAACUGCGAUUUUAAUUUUAAUGUAAAGCUACUAUCCGAUAUAUAUGAUAAAUAUAAUGGACGAAAAGUGGAAGAACAAGUUGAAAACACAAACCAUUGUAAUAAUUUAGAAAGUAUUAAUUCUCUUAAAGCUUUUUGGUUAUUAAAAUUAAAGUCCAUAUGUACAAAAGAAACGUCAAUUUUAGAUAAACAGGUGUUCAAUAAUGUAUGCAGUAGAACAUUUACUGUACCCCAUGUAACUAUUAAUGGGUUAGCAGUAGGAAAUGAUGUUGUGAACAUUGAAUUUUUUUGUGCUCAUUUUUUAUAUAGUAAUAACAAAGAAAUUAUAAAAUGUGUAAGGCACAAUGUGUUAAAAAAUUACUUAAAUAUGUAUCAUAUAGCGUUUGAUUUGUCUGUGUCACAAGAUUUAUUAAAACAGUCUAGUCAUGUCGAUAUUGUAUUAAAUUUAAAAGAUAUUAAUGGAUUAUCCUUGGUAAAAAAAAUUGUGGAUGACUCUGUAUGCAGAAUACAUUCAAGUGUCCACACUAUUAUGAAUAAAGCAGAUUUUGAUUUAUUAAAAGCAUUAUCAGGUUUAUGUACGAAGUUAGGCUUUCAUAACCAAUUUAUUAUAACAGAUAAUAUACAUCCAUUGGCCAAUGCGUUAUUGAAGGAAAUACCAUAUAGUUUAAAUUCAUUACAUUUUAGUAUACAGAAUAGUUCUAUAUAUUAUGGCAAUUUUGAUUAUUAUUUAUAUAACCUUAAAUUAGCGGAUAUAGAAUAUAUAUUAAACUCAUAUUUGUCUUCAUCAGUAUUAAAAUUAAGUAAAAACCAUUCGUAUGUUACAUGGAUAGGUUUAAAUAAAGAUAAUAAUCUUUAUAAUAAGAAAUAUUCAGAACUAUAUAAUUUAUUGGAUAAUAAUAAAUAUGUUGAUAGAAUAGUACGAUGCUACAGUCAGUAUACUUCUAAAUAUUAUGGAGACAGUACAAAAUACUUCCUUAGGUAUAUACCAGAAAAUAAAAGAGACAUGAUGCAAAAUAAUCCAAAAAUUUUUAUUUAUUUAAUUAAUACUAUAUGUAAAAAUAUCCCAUCAAUUCAUAAAUGUGCCGAGAGAAUUAUUUUUUUGGAUGGGGUAUAUGAUCUUUAUUUUAAGAAUUUUAUGAUAAAUUUUAUAUAUUACAACGCAGCAUGUAUAUUUAAUUGCAAUCCUGUUGAUUUAGGAAAAAUAUUAAACGUUGAACAAGUGUGGGAUAUUCUUGUAACAUAUUUCUCCAAUUCAUAUUUGAUCAAGUAUAAAAAGACAAAGCAUAAUAGUAUUAUUCAUAGAAAUAAUGCUGAUGCAUCAGCAGAUACGUACAAGGAACUAUCCAAGUCAUAUUAUGCGAAUUAUGAUUAUGAUUAUGUUCAUACUGGCAAAUGGAGAAAGGAAAUAAAUUUAGAUGAUGAAGCAGCUAUUUUGAGGCCUUCAGAUGAUGCAGUUGAAUUUGAAUUUUACAACUAUACUUUUCAAUCUCUCGAUUUAGGAAGUUAUGGCUUUUUCAUUUUUAAAAACCAAAUGGACGAGGACAACAUUUGUAAAAUAUCUUCCCUAAUAGAAGCUAAUGGGAAGAAGUAUGUUCAUGUAAAUAAAUUUAUUACAGAUUUCUUUAAUAAGAAUAAUAAAAGAAUGCUUUCUUUUGAUAAAGGAAACGGUAAUUCAAAUGAUCAUCAUGAUGGUCAUAACGGAGGAAAUGACGAUGAUCAUCACGAUGAACAUGACGAUGAUCAUCACGAUGGAAAUGACGAUGAUCAUCAAGAUGGAAAUGACGAUGAACAUCACGACGGAAAUGGCAAUAAUAUGGACUCUUUUAACCUAUUUGAUGACUUCCUUGGAGAUGAUAAGGAAGGUGGUAGUUUUAUGGAUUUAUUUCAAAACAGUAACAUGUUCAAUAAGAAUAAAUUAUUUGAUAAUUUAUAUCACGGUGAAGAUGGGGAGGAAAGCGAUAUUUAUUCUGAUAAGGAAGAAGAACCUUUUGACAUAGAAAAGCAUAAAAUUUCUACAAGCGUUGGUUAUAUAUAUCCUCUAAAAAAUGAAUAUACUCUUAAGGAAUUACAACAUGUGUAUGAAGUUCAUCCAACUUUUAAUGAUCUUGAUGAAGAAAUGAGGCAUCAAUUUUUUAGAAAUAAAUUAUUUGAAAAAGAUCUUUUUUUUACGCUGAAAGAUGUACCAACAAAAAUAGAUAAUUAUUAUAAAUAUUAUUAUGAAAUAAAAAAACACAUGAAUUUAUUUGACGCACAUGAUGAGGAACAUUAUCAGACUUUAAUUAAGAAUUCAAAAAGUGAUCCAAAUGUUUUUUCCAAAAUUGAUGUAGAAUUUUUAUGCACAAGGACAGGUAAAUGGCCUUUGCAUAGAUCUUCGGGAAGAUGGUUAUCAGAUGUUUUGUGUGAAGCUAAAUUAGUUCCCCAGUUAUUGUAUAAUUAUGAAUACGCAGAGGAACACAAAAAUAUAAAUAAAAAUGAAAUUGAUGUUAAUUUGUAUACCAUAGAAGAAGACACUAGAUUAAUUGGUAUUGAAUUUGAGGAUCAAGAACCUCAUAGAUGUGCUAUUAGUUAUUUAGGAAAUGAAAACAGAAAGACGCUUCUACCCAUAUCAGCAACUUCUUUAAUUCAGGCAUCUGUUGGAUUUUGUAUAUUACAUGGUUUUAAAAUAGUAUGGUUAGCAGAUUCUGCUUUUGAUAUAUAUACAAAUAUUUAUUUAAGAUAUACUUCUAUUUUAGAACAAGGUGUAACAUACUAUGAACAAAGUAAAUUUGAAGUAUAUGGACAGACGAGAUUAAUAGCCAAUUUGGAGUAUAUAUCAUCUGGUAUGAAUAUUGAAAACAACCUUAUUACAUCAGGUAUAUUUAAAAAUAAAUAUAAUUUAAUUAGUUUUCCAGGAAUUGAUUUACCUUUUCAAUUACUGAUGAGUAAAAGGGUUAAAGAUACUGUUUAUAAUUUAAAAUUUGAUUGUAAUAGUUCGUCGUAUAAUGGAUGCUCCGAAUAUUAUCCUCUGAUGAAAAAAAAUAAAAAAGGUGCGUCUGAUCGAUAUCAUGGUAAAAUAAUUCUAAAUGGUAAUUAUUCCCAGAAGGAAAAAGAUGAAAUGUAUGAAUGUAGUUUUAUGCAUGAUGAAACGUUUAUCAAAUUGAAUAAAAUGUUUCCUAAAGAAUGUACCUUUGGAUCUAGAAUAGGUGAUUGUCAUAAAAUAGUAAGAAAACAUAUCCCAUGUCAUGAUAAACAUUCAUGUAGGUACUUGUUAUAUAUUUAUGAAAAUUUCCUUAAGCCGCAAAAUCAUACAAAUUUGUUGCAUGAACAUUUUAUAAAAGUUUCCGAAAAUUUGACAAAAUUGUCAAAACCAUAUUAUUUACAAUCGAUUUUAUCACUUGAACAUGAUAUAGAAAUAAAAAAAAGUAACAAAAUGAAUACGCAGUAUGAUGAUAUUGUAUUAUUUAUUUUGAAAAAUUCUAUAUUUUAUGUUUCCUGGGUUACCUCUAGUGAAUACUGGAAAAGGGCUGUUUACGUUCAGUAUACAGAUAACCUCAACACAAACAAUACCUUUGAUGGAAAUAACAAAAAAGAAUUAUUUUGCCCAGUUGCUUAUGCUCAUGAAUUUAUAGGACACUUGUUAGUUCAGUACAUGAAGUUUCCACAAAAUGAACUGGAAUAA